AUGGACCACUCUCCGACCGAUCUGGUGAUCGCGGCAUUCAAAGAACGCGGUCUGUCCAUCGAGCCUGAGGUGAUCGAAUCGGCCCUGCGAGACAAUCCCCAACACGUGGAAUGGGUGUCCACUCAUCUCCGCCCCGACACCCUGUUGUCCCGAGAAGAGCUCACAGUAUACUCCAAACUGGAAAGGUCAGGCUCCCUGCAGACCGUUCUCCACGACCCAACGCUGGGCGCGACUCGGGCUGUGCUGGAAGGCGACCUCCGAUGCGCGAUCGAAUCUCUUGAAGCGUCGACCGCAGCCAUCCAACGGCAGACACAGACGCUGACAUCCCAAUGCGAACAACUCAAUGAGCAAGUCCGCCUCGAAAACGGACUGGCCCAGAACCGAAGUCGGGAUAUCGCGAGACUGCGCAAGAAGCAUGAAGCGGGAAGGCAAAACACGACGGCUGCGGCCAGUGAACUUUAUAACGAGCUUGAGGUCAGCUUUAUGGAUGCGAUGGACAAGGCCAGCGCCGAGAACAAGAGAAUACUGUCAUUGUUGUCCACUCGGCUGAAGCAGGACGACAAGACGCUUGCAGGCUUGGAGGCAGUCAUUUCCGGCGUGAAGUCUGAUGGUAACAAUGCUUCGAUCAUCAAACGAGCCUCCCAUUUGACUGCACAGCUGGCGGUCUACGUGGCAGAGGAAAUCCAGUUUCGUCUCGACCGGAUGUUCCUUGAAUCGGUACUGACAGGUGACUCGGCGCUGGGAUGUGGUAAAGGUGACGAUGACGAGACCAUCGCAGCGCUGGAGGAAGAACUAGGGUCUCUGUAUCCCGAGAUCGAGGUCCUAGCGGACAUGUCCACGAAGCAAAAGUUCACUGAGCCCAUUUUACGAGAGAUACAAAACGAACACAGCCAAAUACGCGCGGCCUCCCAACAUAAACUGGAACAGGCGCUUGACCUCUUGAUCGAGAUGACUCUUUCCAGCGAAGAAAUGACAGUGUGGCUUGGAGAGCGUGAAUCAUCGUGUGAAACUCUCGAACAACUGGCCGCGCUCUACCACAUGGAAGUUUCUAAGCAACCCGGGCCACAACCAACAUCCCGGCGAGACUCUUUGAGACGUCGUUCAUUGCAGCCGGGUGUCUUAUUUUCGAAUGCACGGAAUCCUUCUAGCCCUGUGCUAGAACAAUCAGCCCUACAAAACCUUUUGCGGCGCAUUGGCGUGUCUCCCGAAUCCGUGCUCCGUUCACGAGCAGAAGAAGGUGGCACCCAGCCGCUUCACGAAAAACGAGCCGCACUCUCCGAGACACUCCGGAAUAUCGGCAUAGCAGUUGACUCGCCACUGGUGGCUCACCUGGGACCCGGGGACGUGGCAUCCCAAUUACUGGCAUCGUCUUUGCACUCCAACUCCCACUUCGAAACUUCGCUGCCCGAUCCCGAUGAAGCAAGAGAGCUCUUAGGCAUCGAAGCGGACUUGGGAACACUUCAGAAGGGAAUCCAGCGGGUUAACUCGGAUAUACUCCAUCAGCGGGAUAAGAACUACGAACGAUUCGUCGAGCGAUGGACUUGA